CUAUUAAUACUCUACAGUGCGUGAGAUACAGCCGAAGCUACUCUCAGCAAGCAAUGUGAUCGAUAAAAAGAUAUUGGAGGGCUAUCACAGCACUUCAGGCCCAAUGAUCAGCAGUGGGAAGAUCGGCUGCUGACGUCAUUGCUGGAAAAUCUUGCAAUCGGCCUGAUUGGCAUCUCCGAUCAGGCGCUUUCAAUCCGACGAGAUGCAGUCUGAUGCAGUGGCUGGAGGCGCAAUCUGCCCGGCCAAUGAAUUCGAGCAACGGAGGACAGAGCAAAGCGAGCAAAAUUUGAUAGGUCAUGCGUCCGCUUGGCUGUUCUGAUCAUGGGUUAGUGCUGAAAAUCCUCUCCCUCGAUCGCUCUCUUCUUGUUCUAUUGUUGUCUAGCUCGUUGAUUCUGACUGACGCGGAUUCGACAAGAGCGAUCGAUAAAUCGUAAGGGAUGACAACAGCCGUCUUCAAUAAUUGCGAUACGAACCCCAGAUAUCCUAUCAAGGAGGGGAGCCUCAGCUUAUUGUUUGCGUCCGCGGUAUAUAGCAGCCAGCGGAAUUAACUCCUUGCAAUCUAUAACUCGGAUUCCCUCUCUCUCCCACCCCAUGCUUCCGACACUGGAAAUCCUGACGAUCAUCGCGGACGGGCUUCGCGGUGUGCGACUAGACUUUGGCGUGAACGUCAACUUCGAGGACCGCUACCACCUCGUGCGCAUGGAGCUCAUCCGGAUGACGUUCGCGCUCGAGAAGCAGCGGCGCGAGUGGCUGCCCGCGGAGCGGCGGGAGGUGUUUCGUAAGGAGUAUUCUAGGAUUUCUCGCGACUUGUCGGACUGGCGCCAGCGAAGGCCAUCCGCGUCGUUUGGCGGUGCGCGGGCGAGGAGGGCUGAGGCGAAGCGAAUGUUCCACCAAGCGCGUGAUUUGCGGAUGCAGGUGGAGAGGGAAGUCAUGGAUGCAUUGUGGAGGCAGCAGCAGCAGCAAUUGGCAUCACGGUCGAGUGUAGAAACAGAGGAAUCAUCCAUUCCUUUAUAGAUCUUCCUCGAUAUGCUCAUCUUGUAUUCGUUUCGUCGUCUGCUUCAUUUCGUACAGUGUGCAAUUGGCAUUUGUAUCAUUAUUAUCCGCCGCAUUGAAAUAAGGAUGUCCCCCAGGCUGAGAGGGAAAGGAAUUGAAUUAAAAUUUGCUCAAAAUACCAAGAAAAG